AGUCAAAAAGGAAAACGGUAAACGGCAUGCAUAGCUUUGCCUCCGCACUCUCUAAUCUCUAGGGUCGGACGUUAUGACCUGUCCUGCUUUGAUAAAUCUUUUCUAUAUUUCGUUUAUUUCGCAUACUUCCCUACUUAUUUCAAAUGCACUAAUGCGAAAAACAUUAUUUUUUCAAAUCAAACGGUCAAGUGUGCUUCUAAUGAAAUCUCCGAAAAGGUCUAUACUCCUCAUACAUUUCUGCAGUCGGCAAAAAAGGAGGCACAUACUCGUAGAAAUUUUUCAUCGCUGUGUAUAUGGAUUUGUAAAUGGUUUCCGAAAUAGUUAUGAAUCUUAUACUGGCUUUAACCACGGCUCUGCACCUAGUUUUGGUGGUAUUGGCGCACAAUCCGCUAUCAACUCGUGGCGAAAGCCUUUCUGAUGGCAUACGUCUGGUCAUGGAAAAGAGGUCGGGCGAUGUGGUACACAUUCGUCCAGCUCGGGGCACACUGGAGGCCGAAACAGUCGCAUCCACAACAAAUAGUGACACCCACCGCACCAGGAACAAUCGUAAGCCGAACAAGCCUCAAGAGCACUCUCAGCAGGUUGGGGCCCACAAGUCGGGAUCUAGAAAACUAGUGGUUGCGGAAAAUGGCGGGGCACUGUCAUCACAACUACCACAACCAAAUCACAAGCAAGGCCACAAGAACACUGAUAAGCAACAACGAGGAGGGGGAUCCAAGCAGCAGCGAGGACAUAGCCAACAUCAUGGAGGAAAUAGGAAAGGGCCUAAGGCAGCGACUCCAGAGAAUGGAUCGACUUGCCGAUACGCAAAGAGCGCUUGGUCCAAUUGUGAUCACAAGACCAACAUGCGUUCACGAGUCCUGUCCCUAAGGAAAGGAGAGCAAAACUGCUUGCCCACGCGGACCAUACAAAAGAAGUGCAAGAAAGGCUGCCGCUAUGAAAAGGGUGAAUGGUCUCAAUGCGUCGGAGGACAAAUAACCAGAGAGGAUAAGUUGGAACCAGAGGCAACUGGCGGUAGUGAUCAAAACUGCAAUCCUGUGCGUACCGUCAGCAAGAAGUGUAAAGCAAAUGGCAAUUCCAGUGGAGGAAAACAACACGGCCAGAGUCGUCGAACAAAAGAGCAAAAGCAAAAGGAUAAGGGAGCCAGUCACAUUUCGUCUUGAUAAUGAAAAUUAUUUAUUUUAUACGUAUACGGAAGCAACAUUUUUAAUAUUAAAUAAGCGAUUUUUAAAUGCUAGCCCGUACGGACUACUUGAACAACAAUAAAGAAUUGGCCUUCUUAGGGCUAAAUG